UUAAUCAUUAACAUGCUCUGUGCAUUAGCUAUAAUUUACAAAGUGAUAACAGAACCUUACAUGAAAAUGACAAUGAGGAAUGACUAUAGUACUUUACAAAUGGCUUCAUUUUAUCAAAGGUUGAUUGAUGUUUUAUGUAUCGGAGUAAAUGAUCCAAGGAGUAUCAUUAUGAACAAAGUGAAAAUAGAAGUUGGACCGCAAACGGAAAGUGAUCUACACAUUUCAGAUGAAAUCCUUUCAGUAGCAUCAGACAAUGCUUUCAUAGAAAAUGUUGUCAAGAGAUUUUCAAAAGUUUUAAUUAACAAGUGUAAAAAGACCUUUGCAGAUUACAUUGAAGGUGGCAAAUUUCAAAACCCUUCAGAAAAUGUUAUUAAAGAGUCUGAAUUUUGUCCACAAAAUAAUAUUACAGUUGAAAGGCUUAUGGCAAAAUUGGAUUCAGGACUCAAUAAGGCACCUAAUAUUAAUAUAGAAAAUUUAGAAUCAAGAAUAAUUUAUCAAAAUAAUAAUACAGGACUAUGGAUUGAGAGAAAAGAUCAAAAUGAAAAAUUCAAAAUCAUAUCAAAAGCAAGAAUGGAAAGAACUCAAGUUCAGAAAAUAAAUAAUGAUAAAAGAAAAGAAAUAUAUGAGGCCUCUAUUAUAACAAUUAAUGAAAGAAAAAGAAAAAAAAUUGAAAGUGAAGAAAGAAAAGUGCAAAGGCAUUAA